AUGGAUCAACAAAACCAAUCCGGGGGUACAGGCCCGGGUGGGCGCAAGCUCCACAUUGCUCAUCGUAGAACUCCAUCUGAGCUGACCCCUCUGAUGAUGGAACAACUCGCUAUUCAGCAACAGAUCGAGCUGCUCCAGCAGCAACAACAACAAAUUGCAGCUACCCACCAACAAUAUGUCAAUAUGGGCUUGCUCCAGCCUCAUCAACUGGGUCAACAAGUCAACUCGUUCUCUGCCGGUGGUGGUAUGGGUGGUGUUUCCCCUCAGGUGGGCACCUUCCAAUUCCCUCAACAGCAGCAACAGCUCGGAGUACCGUUAAAUGCUCCCAACCAACACUCUCACCGCCGAAACCAAUCUGCCCUCCCUGGUCUUGCAAUGGGCCCACCUCCUGCUCCUUCGUCGGGCGCUUCCGGAUAUGCUGACUUCAAUAACCAGCAGGGUCAAAACAACCAGAGAAACGAGAAUUCCAAUCAAGGUCGCGGCCGUGGUGGUCCACCCGGUGGUGGUCAUCAACGCAGACACUCCCUCGCCCUUCCUGAGGCUAAGAAGGCUGCCGAGCUCGCACAGCAAAAGCGCACAGCUUCUGGAUUCCAAUUCCCAGCUCCUGCCCCCGGAUCUGAGAACCAGUCUGGAUUGGAUGAUACUCCUGGAUCUACCACCUCUCCUGCACCCCCGCAAGGGCUUGGUAUGCAACGGGCUGGUAACCUUCGGGCUGGUGGACAUGGUCGCAGCCAGUCUAUGGCCAUUGGUGGUAGCCGCGGCUCUCUAUCUGGUCGUGGCGCAGGUGGCUUCCAGUUCCCCCAGGCCAGUGAAAGUGGUCAGCUUGAUAACCAGCGCCGUGGCAGUCAGUCCGGUCAUGGCCGAUCCGCGUCCAGGAACUUUGACGGUAACUGGCGCCAGCCAAACAACCAGAGCCAGGGACAAGACCAGCAGCAAAAGCCCUUUGGUCAGCAGCAAAAUAGCGGCUUCCAACCCGGCCACCGCUCACGUGGAUCAAUGAAUCAGUCGAUGGGCUCCAUCGGGCAAUUCCAAUAUCCCGGUCAGCCUCAGCUAAUUCAGCUGCCCCAGGGCCAAGUCAUGAUGGCACCGCCUCAGAUUUUUGGCGGUCAACAGUUGAAUCAGCUCCAGCUUGCGCAACUUCAAGCUAUCCAGCAGCAGCAGCAAAAUGGCCAGGGUUUGACCGGCCUUUCUGCAAGCCAACACGCCCCACCGCAACUGUCUGUUCAGCAACAACAGCAACAGCAGCAGCAGCAGCGGAAGACUCUCUUCACUCCCUAUCUGCCUCAAGCUAACUUGCCAGCCCUCAUUAGCAAUGGCCAGCUCGUGGCAGGUGUCUUGCGAGUUAACAAGAAAAAUCGCUCCGAUGCCUACGUUACCACAACCGAUUUAGAUGCCGACAUCUUCAUAUGUGGUAGUAAGGAUCGUAAUCGUGCCUUGGAGGGCGAUUUCGUCGCGAUCGAGCUCCUAGACGUUGAUGAGGUGUGGUCCCAGAAGAGAGAGAAGGAGGAAAAGAAGAAGCGCAAAGAUAUUACCGACGCCCGCUCCAACAGCACCGCUGGAAAUGAUAAGCUUGGUCGGUCUGACUCCAACGGUGACAGACAAGAGGUCGGACCGGAUGGAAGCAUCCGCCGUCGUGGAAGUCUUCGUCAGCGCCCCACCCAAAAGAAGAACGACGAUGUCGAGGUUGAGGGUCAGAGUCUCCUCCUGGUUGAAGAAGAUGAGAUAAGUGAUGAACAGAAGCCAUUGUACGCUGGUCAUGUUGUUGCUGUUGUUGAGCGUAUCGCUGGUCAGAUGUUCUCUGGAACCCUGGGUCUCCUUCGACCUAGCAGCCAGGCAACCAAGGAGAAGCAGGAGGCCGAGAGACAGGCCAGAGAUGGCGCUCAUGGCCGAUCCCAGCAUGAUCGUCACCAGGACAAACCCAAGAUCGUCUGGUUCAAACCUACUGACAAGCGCGUGCCUCUGAUUGCCAUUCCUACCGAGCAGGCCCCGCGGGACUUCGUUGAGAAACACCAAGAUUAUGCAAACCGCAUCUUUGUCGCUUCUAUCAAGAGGUGGCCCAUCACUUCCCUGCACCCCUUCGGUACCCUUGUUGAGCAGCUUGGUGAGAUGGGUGACCUUCGGGUUGAAACAGAUGCUCUGCUCCGUGACAACAACUUUGGUUCUGACGAUUUCUCCGACGCCGUGAUCAAGAGCAUUGGCUUUGAGGAUUGGUCCAUUGCCAACGAAAGUGACGCAUUGGCCUCCCGCCGUGACUUCCGCGAAGAAAGUAUUUUCACAGUCGAUCCAGAGAAUACUAAGGCUCUCGAAAAUGCUUUCCAUGUGAAGAAGCUUACCAAUGGAACGGUUGAGAUCGGUGUUCACGUUGCUGAUAUCGCCCACUUUGUCAAGGGCAACUCUCUUGUCGACCGCGAGGCCAAGAAACGCGGCACUGCAGUCUACCUGGUUGAUCGACUCAUGAACAUGCUUCCUCCCCGUGUCUCUAACGAGCUCUGCUCUCUUAUUCCCGGAACAGACCGCCUGACUGUCAGCGUUGUUUUCACCGCAAACCCCGAAACAGGUGCCAUCGAUGAUGAUGUUUGGAUCGGCAAGGGUGUCAUCAAGAGUGCAGGCCGUCUCAGCUAUGAGGAUGUCAACUCAGUCGUCACCGGCAAAUCAGACAAGACUGCUGCCGGUAUCACUUCGGACAGCAUUCAAUUACUAAACACUAUGGUCAACAAGUUCCGUGGUGCCCGAUUCGGCAACCGUGUGGCUAAUGUCCCAAGCCUGCGACUCAUUCAACAGCUUGAUGACGAGAAUAUACCAGUUGAAUACAACAUAUUUGAUUCUUCCCCAGCUCAUGAGCUUGUUGAGGAACUCAGCCGCCAGGCCAACUAUUUCGUUGCCCGUAAGAUUGCCGGUGCUAUGCCCGAAAAGGCAUUCCUUCGCCGUCAGCCUUCUCCCAACCCUCGUCGCCUUACUCUCUUUGAUGAGAGAAUGAACCGUCUUGGUUACGAUAUUGACGCCUCCAGCAGCGGCAGCUUGCAAAGCUCACUCUGCAAGGUGCAAGACGUCGAUAUCCGCCAGGGUAUGGAGACAUUGCUUUCCAAGGCCAUGCAGCGUGCCAAGUAUUUCGUUGGGCCUGGUCCUGCAGAUGAUAAGCGUCAACACUACACAUUUAAUGUGCCUGUGUACACCCACUUCACUAACCCCUCACGGCGCUAUGCCGACAUCAUCGUGCACCGUCAGCUCGAGUCCAUCCUCUCAGAGGGCGCUAUUGAAUUCACUGAAGAUGUGGAGUCCUUGACGAAAACUGCUGACCUCUGCAACAACAAGAAGGACUCGGCUCACAAUGCGCAAGAGCAGAGCGUCCACAUCGAGGCCUGCCGAAGCAUGGAUCGGAAGAGUCGCGAACUUGGUGGCGAUCUCAUCAGCGAGGGUAUCGUCGUCUGUGUUUACGAAUCCGCAUUUGACGUUCUUAUUCCCGAAUAUGGCUUUGAGAAGCGCGUGCACUGCGAUCAGUUGCCAUUGAAGAAGGCUGAGUUCCGCAAGGAAAACCGCGUUCUCGAACUCUACUGGGAGAAGGGCGUUCCAUCGUCUGCCUAUAUCCCUGAGGAUGAGCGCCCCAAGAAUGGCAACUCUCGUGCUGCCCAGGCCGCUGCUGCGGCUCGUGAAGCAGAGGCUGCCAGAGAACGUGCCCGUGAACAGGACGAAGCCAUGCGCAAGCAGACCGAAACCGGUACUAUGUCCCAUGACGCCGUCGAUGCUCUCUUCGAUGACGAUGAAGAUGUGGAUUUGGAUGAGGUGACUGAACUCACAGCCGGUGUCUCUCUCAACUCAGUUGACCGCUCAACCCAGAGCAUGCCCCCAUCUCCUACCCGCAACGGCCACCACUCCCAGGGACCACACCGUACUCGUUCGGACCCCAAGAUUGCUUCGGGCCCCAGCGAUGCCCCUGAGAAUCAGUUGACCAACAAGGAGAAGUAUUUGAAGCUUUUCAAGUUGCGAGAAGAGGAUGGAAUGUUCAUCCAGGAUGUUACCGAGAUGUCUCGCAUUCCUAUCAUCUUGAAGACAGACCUGAGCAAGAGCCCACCAUGCCUCACUGUCCGGUCCGUCAACCCCUACGCUUUGUAA